AUGAGCGUCGCUUCAAGUUAUACAGACUUCCACGUCGAUUUCGGCGGGACGUCCGUGUGGCUGCAUGUAAUUAAAGGGGAAAAGGUGAUUUUCAGGUGUUUUGUUUUACCAAAAAAGCGCAAAAAUUCUCGAGAAAGAACGCUGAAUCGAGUUUUGUAGCCAAGAUAUUCAUCGUCUUUUGAUUUUCAGCUGGUUUAUAAAUUGUUUAUUCACAGAAAAAUUGACCGACUAUAAAUUAUGUAUAAGGGAAAAAGAAAAGUUAUCCUUGGCUUGAAACAGAAAAAUUUUCGACAAUCGUUCCUUAGGUUUUCUUUGUAAUAUCAUGAUUUUUUUUAGCUUUCCUUGUGGUUUUCCACAGGCAUUAAUGUAAAUAGGAAAUUCGAUAAUAAAAAAAUUGGUGUUAUGAAAAAAAGACCAGCGAAAAUUCAAACGGCAACUUUUCCGAUUUUUUUCAUAUGACUAGGGAACUUUCCGACGGCCACUUUUCCGACGAAACUUUUUUUCCGACUUUUUUUCUCGAUAUACUCGUCUUUUUUUAAUCUUCCUAUAUGAAGUAGGCAAUGUUUAAAAAAACAAAGAAAUAGAAAAAAAUAAUAGAUGUUUUAUAACCCGAAAAAUAUAGGGGAAAAAAGUCGGAAAGGUGGCCGUCGGGAAGUUCUCUAGCGAUAUAAAAAAUCGGAAAAGCCGCCGUUCGAAUUUUCGCCGGUCUUUUUUUCAUACCCCAAAAAGUUUAUAAUAGUUUUUUUUUAAUAGUGAGACAUCUCAAAUUGAGAUUUUCAAUGAUAAUAGGUUCAGUGAAUCCAUUUUUCUACGCUGAUUCCGAAUCAACGUUCAAAAGCUGUUAAUGAAGUCUGUAAAAAAUGUUUGUACUCGAAAUUUUUUUGAAAAGCUUAUCCUCUGUUUUCAGGUCUUCUUCAUAAUCCCGCCAACCCCCGAAAACUUACGGAAGCAUGAACGGCACUUGAAGAACGAAGAUGACAAAGGGUUUUUCGGGAAAUCCGUCGACGUUUGUGCCCGAGUCGUGCUCAGAGUCGGCGACACUUUCAUUCUUCCCAGUGGUGAGACUUUUUCCGUUUUUCCUAAAGAAUUUAACACACGUUCUCCGAGAUUUUCGAUUAACCGUUGAUACAAAAAUUUCAUCUUUGUUCCUGAGAGCUCUUCUUGCUAUCAUAGAUAGUGAACAACCUCUUGAACAUUUAGAACCAAGUUUUAUAAGGCUCCGCCCACUUUUAGGCUUACUGUAGAAAAAACACCGUAAAAACCAAACUUUUUUCCUAGUGGAGCAAAUUGGUCCAAACCAAUUUUAAAACAAAAUAUGUUCUCUUUUGACCAUUUAUAGCUAUAGAACUGACCCGGAAAAAAUUUUCUUUCAGAAGAAAAAAAUUCAAGUUUUUUGAAAAAUGACGUUUUUCGCAGUCUUUGAGUCAUAACUAGUACUAGAACCCCCGAAUGCCUGGAUUUUUAUUUUUUCAAUCGACGCGUUAGGGUCUUGUGAGUAGAGGAAAAAUGCCUAGAAACUCUGAAUCCGGGUGAUCCAGUUGACCUCCAUCUCGAAGAACGCGGCCAACGAAAAUCGCAAAACUUUUGAAAAAUUUCUAUUUCUUGUGAAAUCCGAGUUCCGUCUUGUUUCUUAUUUUCGUUCAACAUAACACAGCUUGCUGCAAAAUUACAGCUCAAAAGUAGCGAGCUGCAAACCUUUGAAAAAAAAUUUCUGACGUUUUUCUGAUUUUUCCUUUUUUCGGCAUUUUCAAACUUUUCGCUCUAACUAGUACUAGAGCCCCCGAAUGCCUGGAUUUUUAUUUUUUCAAUCGACGCGUUAGGGUCUCGUGAGUAGAGAAAAAAUGUCUAGAAUCUCUGAAUCCGGGUGAUCCAGUUGACCUCCAUCUCGAAGAACGCGGCCAACUUGAAAAUGACUAA